AUGAGGGAUGAGGAAUCACCCCCAAAAGGUGGAAGAGGAGAAGAUCUGUACUCCCAAGGCUGGAAGAAUUAUGGCACCACUCCCAAGAGGAAACAACCAGGGAACCAGGGUGUGACCUGCCCCUGGGGGGCCUGUCUGGGGAGCAGGCUGCCCGGCAGCUUCUGUCUGUGGUUUGCUUUGCUCCGGAGCCCCACUAGCAGGCCCUGGCAGCCUCGUGGGGCGGGAUCUGGCUUCGUCCUGGGUCACCCAGCCAGGGCCCUCCUGCUGACGCCCUUGCUCUCUCUCUCCCACGGAAAGGGCCUCAUUAACCCCGUGGGCGGUGCCAGGAGCGCCCGGACAGCCCCGCUGCAGUGCAUCUCCGUGGAGGAAGGACACUCCAAGCCCGUUCUCCGCGUGGACGCCACCAACGAGCUGCUCUUCUCCGGAUCCAAAGACCGGAGCUGCAAAAUGUGGAACCUGGUGACGGGCCAGGAUAUCGCCUCGCUAAAGGGCCAACCCAAUAAUGUGGUGUCCAUCAAGUACUGCAGCCACUCAGGGUUGGUCUUCACUGUCUCCACCUCCUACAUCAAGGUGUGGGAUAUCCGGGAUUUGGCCAAGUGCAUCCGCACCCUCACCUCUUCAGGUCAGAUGAUCUCUGGGGACGCCUGUGCUGGGACCACCACCCGCACCAUCGCCAGCGUGCAGGGUGAGCACCAGAUCAACCAGAUCGCACUCAACCCCACCGGCACCAUGCUCUACGCUGCCGCCGGGAACUCUGUCCACAUCUGGGAGCUCAACAG